UUUUCCUUCUUCUUCUUCUACAGUCUCUUUCGAGCUUUUCUUUCAUUCUCUCCCAUUACUUAUAUACCUUGAUUUCUUUCAUAACUUCUCCGCGCUUCUUCCUCUCUCGAUCCCAACUUCUACUUCUCUCUGUUUUCUCGAUCCCGAUCAUGGCAGAUUCUUCUACUGUGGUGGAAUCUAUAGAUGGAACUCUCUCUGUAGCAUCUGCAUUUGGUUGUCAUCAAGAAGCUGUACAAGACAGAGACCACAAGUUCUUGACACAAGCUGUUGAAGAGGCUUACCAAGGAGUUGAGUGGGGAGAUGGAGGUCCUUUUGGUGCAGUUGUUGUUCGUAACGAUGAAGUAGUUGUGAGCUGUCAUAACAUGGUUAGAAGAAACACCGACCCUACAGCACAUGCUGAAGUCACUGCAGUUAGGGAGGCUUGCAAAAAGCUUGGUAAAAUCGAACUUUCAGACUGUGAAAUCUAUGCAUCAUGUGAGCCCUGUCCGAUGUGCUUCGGCGCCAUCCAUCUUUCAAGAAUUAAGAGAUUGGUCUAUGGAGCCAAAGCAGAAGCUGCAAUUGCAGUAGGGUUUGAUGAUUUCAUUGCUGAUGCCAUAAGGGGCACUGGAUUUUAUCAGAAGGCUCAUUUGGAAAUCAAGAAAGCUGAUGGGAAUGGUGCUGUCAUUGCUGAGCAAGUAUUUGAGAAAACAAAGGAAAAAUUUCAAUUGUAUUGAAUAAUUAUGCUUUUGUUUUCUUUUUCUUUUUCUUCUGUUUUUUUUACUGCUAAAAAAAAUAAAUAUCAAAUGUUCAUUACAUCUAAUUCAUGGAACAAUCAUGCAGUUGUAGCUUUAAUUUAACUUUCAAUUAAAUACAUUUUCUAUCUCUUUAAAUGUUUAA